AUGUACUCCACUUUGAUGAACCAAAAGCAACAGCAAGUCAUGAUGGCCACAUCUUCGGCUGCCCCUGCUGCUGCUGCAGCUACAGCUGCCAAAACACCACUUCCCAAAUCGGCCAUUUUCGCAACGGCCGGUAUUGGUGGUUGCAUGGGAUGGUGCGUCGUCCAUCCCUUUAAUACCAUUGCCGUCCGAUCCAACUUGGCCAGUGCGGCUGGACAAACCUUUACGUUAAAGGGGAUGAUUGAAAAACAAGGUCUGAUGAGUGUCUACGAUGGACUUUCGGCGGGUAUUCUUCGUCAAGUCUUUUAUGCGACGACUCGAUUCGGAUUGUUUGAGACUUUUAGGGAUAUGUUGCACGAAUAUCGUGGACAUACUGAUUUUGCAUCUCGUGUCGCGACUGGUCUCGUCAGUGGAGGUAUUGCUGCUUACAUUUCUUGUCCCAUGGAAGUCGCUGUGGUCCGCAUGUCCAAUGAUUCGUCCUUGCCAGUCGAAGAACGACGCAAUUACAAGGGAGUCGUGGACACUGCCACUCGUAUCAUCAAGGAAGAAGGCAUCACUGCCUUUUGGAGAGGAUCCGGUCCCUUUGUCUCCCGGGCCAUGAUGGUCGGUGUCUUUCAAGUCGCCACUUUGGAUCAAUUCAAGGAAAUGUAUUGUUCCUACCUAGGACAAGUCAAGAAUUCCAUCCCCAAUGUCUUUUGCGCCGCCAUGACUUCCGGAUUGGUCUACAGUGUUGCCACCAUGCCACUCGAGGCUUCCAAAAAUCGCAUGGCCAGUCAAAAGCCGGACCCGAAAACUGGUAAAUUACCAUUUACUGGAACCUUUCAAACCUUGGCCAAGGUUUCGUCAGAAAAGGGAUUCUUGGCUCUUUACAAUGGAUUCUUUCCAUACUAUUUGCGGUGUGGUGGACACACUGUUUCCAUGUUUAUUGUGGUCCAAAUUCUAAGAGAUUAUUACAGGGAGUAUGCCAUGUAA